GGGCGGCAUUCACACACACAAUGAACACACGGCAGACAACUUCCUUCAGAAUAAAAAGAUGUGUUUCUCAAGCGCCUUGGACCAAAUGUAUCAGAGUGAGACAUAUUGAAGGGAUUUACUUGCUUUCUGCUUUAGUGGGAGCCAUUUACAAGAGGCAGGAUGCGGGACAUGCUGGAGAGGCUACAGACCAUUAGCGAGGAGGAGGAGGACUAUGAGCCAGAGUUUUAUGGACCUGAAUAUGAUGUAGACAAAGUGACUCUGUCUCAACAGGCAGUGUUGUUUGAGAACACCUCAGCUAUUGACAACAUCCUGAAGGAAGCCCACUCCAUACGUAAGGAGAUCUCCUUGCUCCACCUAGAGGUGGAGCGCUUGAGCAUCCAUAAUGAACGCUUUGGCACCUCUGUGCGGCGCCUCACCCUUCUCAAAAAGGACUCUGACUCCAUUGCCAGAGGGAUCCAGCAACGUGGGGAGGCCCUGUACGCCCGCCUUAAGACCCUGGGUGAAGAGAGCCGCGAGCUGGAGGUGAAAGAAGGUCCCAACUCUGCUGCUAGUCGCAUUGCCCGAGUUCAGUAUGACACACUGACCCGCACCUUCCACGCUGCCAUGAGUGACUACAAUAAGGCAGAGGAGAUGCAGAGGAAAACGUGUCGGGGGAGGAUCCAGAGGCAGGCCUCCAUACUGGGGACUGAAAUCACUGAUGACCAGCUGGAUGGGAUGGUGGACAAAGGUGGUGAGGGAUGGACUGAGCUUUCCCAGAGCCUGCAGACCCAAGGCGGACGCUCGUCCCGUUGGGCGAUGUGUGAGAUUAAAGGCAGACACAAGGAGCUGGUGGAGCUGGAGGCCAGACUGAAGGAGGUCCAUGACCUGUUCAUGCAGAUGGCCAUGCUGGUGGAAGAGCAGGGAUCCAUGGUCAAUAACAUUGAGGCCAAUGUGUGUAAGACUGUGGAGUACGUCGACAAAAUCAAUGUUGACAUCAAGAGGGCCCUACAGUACAAGAGGAAAAACCCUUUUCAACAAUGUUGCCCCUGUCUACCCUGUUGGAGACACAACCAAACUUUUUAAGGGCUUAUUUUUGACUUUAUGCAAUGUUAUGGAUGAUUAAAAAUAAAUAUUUACUUGUGUAAAAAGUUAUGGACAGCUGAAAAGAAAUGUUAUGUAAUGUAUUGUAAUUCAUGGUAAGUCAGCAGAUGUAAGACCAGCAGUCUAAAUUUGAUUUACACAGAAAUAUCUGUUCCUGUUAUUUGGAUCAGAUAAUUAAUUUAAAAGCGAGUGUGCGUGAGAGAAAUAUAUACGUUUUAAUUUAAGUUGAAUCAGCUAAGCAGAUCCCUGACGUGCAAAAUAAAUGCUGUUGUAGUAAAUUAAAA